GUCACCGACAUUAGCGGCUCACAUUUGAGGGUAUUUCGGUAUCGGCAUGGCCUUUACCCUUUGUUGUGUAUCCGUAUACUCGACUCCCCAAUACAGACUCCUUUAGCCUCCGAGAAGUGCGUACUACUUUUGGGUACAAGGUGCAAGGACGGGCGGAAUCCUCAACGACCUCUAAUCUCUCCUUCUGUGGCGUGUUGUGUACCGUUACAAGAAAGUAACGUUACCUGACGGACGCGGGUCAACAUGCGGUCAGUCUUUUCGGGACAGACGGCAGCCUUGGUGGCGGUUCUUGUCGCCGUUGUCACAGCAGGCCCCGUGGUGAAACGGGACAUCUACGGGGGAUGGCCGCAACAGGUGCAUCUGUCCUACGCAGGUUCAACCAGUGAGAUGACGGUGACGUGGAGCACUGCGAACAAGACGGACUCUGUCGUGGAGUACGGGGAGGACGGGCUGGUGAAGACGGCGCGAGGGUCCAGCGUGGAGUUUGAGGACGGGGGAGACGAGCAUCGUGUACAGUACAUCCACAGGGUCACGAUGACGGGUCUCACUCCAGGACACAAGUACAUGUACCACUGCGGCAGUAUGGAGGGAGGCUGGAGUGACUUGUACACCUUCACUGCCAUGAAGGAUGGAGCAGACUGGAGCCCUUCCUUCGCUGCCUUCGGAGACAUGGGUAAUGAGAACGCCCAGUCUCUGAGUCGACUGCAGGGCGACACACAGAGGGGCAUGUAUGACUUCAUCCUGCAUGUCGGUGACUUUGCAUACGACAUGGACACUGAGAAUGCCCGUGUGGGUGAUGCCUUUAUGAACCAGAUCCAGUCUAUAGCUGCCUAUGUACCCUACAUGACAUGUGUGGGCAACCAUGAGAAUGCAUAUAAUUUCUCCAACUAUGUCAACAGGUUCUCUAUGCCUGGAGGGGUGCAGAGUCUGUUUUACAGCUUCGAUGUUGGCCCUGCCCAUAUCGUUGGUUUCUCCACUGAGUUGUACUUCUAUAUCCAGUAUGGUCUAAAGCAGAUGACAGAGCAGUACAAGUGGCUGGAGCAGGAUCUCAUGGAAGCCGCUAAGCCGGAGAACAGGAAGCAGCGACCCUGGAUCAUCACCAUGGGCCACCGCCCGAUGUACUGCUCCAACAAUGACCACGAUGACUGCACCAAACACGAGAGUGUAGUGCGUAAGGGGCGUGUUGGCUUCCCUGGGGUAGAGGACCUCUUCUACAAGUACGGUGUGGACCUGGAAAUCUGGGCACAUGAACACACUUAUGAGAGGCUGUGGCCUGUCUACGAUUACAAGGUGUACAACGGCAGCAUGGCCACCCCCUACACCAACCCCAAGGCUCCUGUGCACAUCAUCACUGGCUCUGCAGGAUGCAGGGAGCGUCACGAUGGUUGGGUCCCCAACCCUCCAGCCUGGAGUGCCCUCAGGAACUCUGACUAUGGCUACACCAGGUUCAAACUGCACAACUCCACACACCUGUACCUGGAACAGGUGUCAGAUGACAAGGAUGGACAGGUGAUUGAUUCUAUCUGGGUCAUCAAGGACCAGCAUGGUCCAUACAGCCACACCUGAAAGCACCUGUGAUACCUACAGCUGCAGCUGACAUACCUGAAAGAGGAGGGGGAAAUUAGUCCACUCAGAAGGAAGCACUUGAAAAGAAAUCAUAGUAGUUGGAAAUAAUGAAAAUUAGUUGCAUUUAGUUUCAAUCUCAACAGAAUACUAGUAUCACAUCAGAAGUGUUAUCAGAACCUCUCCUGUUUUUUUAAGGACAGUCUUUUGAAAUCCAACUAUGCUGGUGUAUAUGUUUUCUUUUAAAUGUUUUAAAAGAGUUUUAUUCUAAAUCUUUUUGUUCUCCAUAAUGUAUUACCAGUAACUGUCAUGAAUUCUGAAACAUUACAUUCUUAUAUAAGUUAUAAGUGAAAUCUAUUGUUGCAGUGAUGUGAUUUACAAUCAAUAGUUACCAUAUUUGAAAAUAUAUGCCAAGUAGCUGGAUUAGAAAUGAAUCUCAUUUUAAUGUGCCAAAUCUUGGGAUGAUGUUUAUUUCCUCCUCUAGGAACCCACCCCAGUCUGAAAAUGAGUCAAUUGAAAGUAAAUUUUACACUGAAAUAAAAACCAGUGAUCAUUGGUUCUCAA